CACCCGUCGGAAGUCCACCACACUUCACACAUUAAAAUGGCUGCUCUCUGCUCCGUCGCGCCCGUCGUGGCCAAGGUCCCCGCCGUCUCCACCGGCAAGGCCUCCAAGUCCUCCGCGAUGCAGGUCUGGAACCCGACGAACAACAAGUUCUUCGAGACCUUCUCCUUCCUCCCCCCCCUCUCCGACCAGGAGAUCGCCCGCCAGGUCCAGUACCUCAUCAACAACGGCUGGGCUCCCUGCAUCGAGUUCGAGGGUGCCGGCAAGGCGUACUGCGACACCCACGGCUGGUCCGGCCUCGACUCCUCCGUCAACGCGGGCUACUACGAUAACCGCUACUGGGUGAUGUGGAAGCUCCCCAUGUACGGCUGCACCUCCCCGGAUGAGGUCCUCGCCGAGGUCCGCGCGUGCACCCGCGCGUUCCCCGACUGCUUCAUUCGCGUCGCGGGUUUCGACAACAUCAAGCAGGUCCAGUGCUCCUCCUUCCUCGCGCACCGCCCGGCGAACGACCGCACCUUCCAGCCGGUCUCUGGCCGCCAGGUUGGUGACUCUCCGUCCGGCGGCGGUGGCGGUGGCGGCGGCGGCUGGUAAAUGUCUCCCAGUAAACAACACGGUUGAUUUACUAGUCCACUCCUAAUAUAGUGAUUGUUUUCACGUGGGAGCGACUCGCUCGAGCGUGAACGUUGUUUAUUAAUAAAGAGUUACGGAGCAUCCAUUUUAACA